UGCUUGAUUCACUUCUUAAUAGAACUUAAAAUGGAUGAAGGGUUUGUGUUAAUAGGAGCAGGUCUUCCUCGGACAGGGACAAUGUCAACCAGAGCUGCUUUACAGAAUUUACUGAAAGGGAAGAUUCACCAUAUGGCAACUGUUAUGAGUGAACGAUUGGAUAAACAUGACUUUUGGAAAAAAGCAGUUGCUAAACAAGUCAGCACAAAUGACUGGCAAGAGACUCUAUCUGAAUACAGAGGAGGGGUGGAUUAUCCUAUAUCAUUCUUCUAUAAGGAAAUUAUGGAAGCUUUUCCAAAUGCAAAGGUUUUGUUGAACGUCAGAGAUCCCAUUAAAUGGUAUGAAAGUGUCAAAAAUUCUAUUUUCAGGUUACACAUGACUGCACGUUGUUGGCCUUGUACUUGGUUUACUGCACUUAUUGGACAAGCAGAAUCUAUAGAACUAGUUGCGCAGUUAUCUGAACUGAUCCCUAGUUAUUCAAGUGAAGAGAUGAGCAUGUUCAGCGCAGUCGCUGCUGGUCAAUCUCAGGCUGUUCAGUUCUGGACGGAACAUGUAAACCAGGUGAAAUCAACUGUACCUGCUGAUCGUCUGUUAGUUUGGGAUGUAAGAGAGGGUUGGGAACCACUUUGCCAAUUCAUGGAUCUUCCAAUUCCUGAUGAACCAUUCCCAAGAGUGAAUGACACAGCUUCAAUAGAAGGCGCAAGGAAAAGAAUUCUGUAUUCCUCCUGGUUCUUUGUCGUCUUCCUUCCAGCAUUCAUGUUGCUUGCCGCAUGGAGUUUUGAAUUCUACAGCCCGGCGCCAUUUUUGUUAAUGGUUGUUGGAUAUUGUUUAAUCAUCAGCGGUUUAAGAUCAAUAAUGCUAACAUCAGUAUUGAAGAAUCACACAAAAUCAGACUGAAUUGUAUAUAAUUAGCUAGAAUCAUAAAAACUUAAAAAAGAUAAUGACUGGAAAAAAAUAUUGCACAAUCUUUCGGUGUACAUUUUUGUUUUGUUUAAAGGAAAUAAAAUAUCUUGGUGUCGUUUGUAUUAUUGCAUUGUAUACCAUAUUUUUACCUUCAAAAUUAACGAAGUUAUUAGGAAAUUUUUCCAGAUUCCUGUUUAUUGAAAAUCAACAAAACUGCUCAAAUAUUUAAUAUCUCCGUCAAUAAUGCAAAGAAGAUGGAUCAUUUUUUGGGAAGCUCUUUGGACUUUUAAACUCUUUUUGAUGCACUUUAUAUCAUUUAUCAAUAAUCGGAAAUCAAAGACAAUAUUCAAGUUAUCUCUCAAUUCCCAUGUUUUUUGGGACACCCUAUAUCUAAACAGUAACUUGCUCUUCCUUCAAAAGAAGGUCGCAGAACUUAAAAUGAACAAUUGCUGUAAAUAAGCGUAUAGUGACUAAACUCUUAAACUUUCAAUAUUUUUUGUAAAUGUUUAGUCCUCUAAAUAAACUGAUUUCUUAGUAACUGA